AUGAUGCACCCGUCGCGACAAGCGCGGGUCGACGAUGAGCCCGAGGACGACGGCCCGGGUCUCGACCUUGCCAGCCUUCCCAUCGACCGCAAUUAUGAUAUCCCUGCUGCCACCGCUGCCGGGGCCGGCAUCGCGCCCGAACGAGCCUCCGCGCUCCUCUCUCAAUUCGACCGCAAGCGCCGGGCCGCCGCUAUCGCGGUCCCCACCGAUGACACAAAGGUACGUGCCCGGCUGCGCGAGCUCGGCGAACCCAUCACCCUCUUCGGCGAAGGCCCCGGUGACCGGCGAGACCGCCUGCGAGAACUGCUGAGCACGCUUGCCGACGAUGGUCUGGGCGAGGAUGUAUCAAUGCACGAGGGAGAUGAAGCCCCUGCGGACCAAGAGGAAGAGUUCUACACUGAAGGAAUUCCGGAAUUACUAGAGGCACGGAGAAAGAUGGCCAAAUACUCCCUGCCUAGAGCGGCAGCGCGAGUUCAGCGGCAGAGAGAGGAAAGUGGAAUUCCGUUACGGACGCAUAUCAAGCAUCGCAAAGCCAUCAAGGAGAGACUAGCCGGCUUCGAGCUAUUUGGCAGUCAGAUCGCCGCAGAGCGACCUGUGAGCAUCACCCGCUUCGCUCCCAACGGCGAGGUCCUCGCGGCAGGCAAUUGGGCCGGCGGUAUCAAGCUCCUCGAUGUUCCCAACCUCAACGAGGUCCGAACCCUACGUGGCCACACCGGUAUCGUCGGCGGCAUCAGCUGGUUUCCCGGUGCCACACUGCCCACAUCCACCGUAACACCCGAGAACGUCAACCUGGCCAGCGGCUCGGGAGGGCAAGGCGGCGCCUCCGACAUCCAUCUUUGGAACCUGACUCAGGACACCCCGCUCUCCACGCUCUCGGGUCACACCGACCGCGUCUGCCGCGUCGAAUUCCACCCUUCCGGCAAAUACCUGGCCUCCGCGUCCUUCGACACGACCUGGCGUCUCUGGGACGUCGAGACCACGACCGAGCUCCUCCUCCAAGAAGGGCACUCGCGUCAAGUCUUCGCCGUGAGCUUCAACACCGACGGAUCCCUGCUCGCCUCAGGCGGCUUCGACUCGAUCGGCCGCAUCUGGGAUCUCCGCACCGGCCGCACGGUCAUGAUCCUGGACGGGCACAUCCGCGAGAUCUACAGCCUGGACUGGGGCAUCGACGGCUACCGCGUCCUCUCCGGCAGCGGCGACGGCUGGGUCAAGUGCUGGGACAUGCGCGCCGUCCGCGCCACCGGCGGCCUCGGCGCCCACAGCGGCAACGUCUCGGAUCUGCGGUGGUUCAAGGGCCUCGAUGGCGGCGACGUGUCGUCAAUUGUCGAUGUCAACAUGGACAACGGCACCAAGGAAGAGCGCACGCCGCGCAAGGCUGGCACCUUCUUCGUCAGCAGCGGCUUCGACAAGAACGUCAACAUCUACAGCGCCGACGACUGGGCGCUGGCCAAGCAGCUGAGUGGACAUUCCGGCAAUGUGCUGAGCGUGGACGUGAGCAAUGACGCCAGGUGGAUCGCCAGCAGUGGGCACGAUCGGACCGUGAAGCUGUGGUCGAGGAAUGACAUGGAAGGAAUAUGA